AUGCUUGAAGAUAAUCAAGAUCAGGAUGGCAAGCCAACAUGUUUUGUUCAUGAAAUGAGAAAUGACACCGAUUGGAUCAACUUCAAAAGAACUAUGGUCAGAGCUCCUCAAAUCUUCAAGCAAAAGGUAAAUUGUGGUGCACAGCUCCCUUUAGAUGAAACAUACGAAAAGUUAAAUGGUGAAUUCAUUUCAUUGACUGAUAGAGUAAAGUUGCUAGAGACGGAGGUUUUAAGGUACAUAUCCCAUAUCAAAUCAUUUUUGAAUCAUUCUACAUGUACAGGGGAGGCUCUUUUAAAAUUAUUCGAUCCACAAUUUGAUCAGAGUGGUUAUGGAACUUCAAAUGUGAAAUCUAGAUCUGAUGAAGAAGGGAUAUUUAGCAAAACAAGUAACUUUGUUGAACAAAGCGUGAAUAUUUCCAAUCUUAUUGAACCUGAUUUAACAAUAAUCACUGAUAAUGUUGUUAUCCCAUUGACAAGGCUAAUCUCUUUGACAAAGAGCAUCAAGAAAUGCCUGAAAGAGAGAGAAUUUGCUUUUUUGGAUGCAAAUAAAUAUCUAAAUGACUUUCAAUCUUUAAACUCUAAAGAUAAAACUUUGUUGACAUUGAAACAGCAGCAAAAUUUGAUAAGGUAUGAAAAGAAUCACGAGGUAUCAAAACUCAAAUUUGAGCAGAUUAAUGAACUAUUAAAAAAGGAACUUUCAACAUUUUUGAAAUUGGCGUAUGAAUUGAUAAGACCAUUACAUGUUAUUUUUUAUUAUCUUCAACUUUCAAUCAAUUACCGUGUUUUCCAGCAACUUGAUAAGCUAAAGAAUACCGAGGCCAAAACUAAAGUUAAAGAUACUACACCAGAAGAGUUUAAUAAUGUUAUUUCAGCAGAAUUUUAUUCACGCCAAAAAUCUGCUAAAGAUAUCAUUGAAAACUUAUCAUUAUUAAGAUCACCAUUGUUGUACAAGUUCGAUGAUCAUAAGAAACUAGAUGAUUUGCAACCUGAACCUUUACAAUCACCACCGGCUUAUUCUCUGGAUCUGAAUGAAAGCCUCGAUGAUACGUAUUGCAUUGCACGCUAUGCAUAUCAAGCUCAACAAGAAGGUGACUUAAGUUUUGCUAAAGGAGAACGUAUUAAGGUGAUUGAUAAAAGCCUUGGUGUUUGGUGGAAAGGUGAAUUAGACGAUGGGGCUGUCGGUCUUCUUCCUAGUAAUUAUGUCACAUCAAUAAAAGGGUAA